AUGGCAGAGAUGAGACCUGCUAGAUUAAUUAUAUAUCAUAUAUGUGACUAUAUGGCAGAGAUGAGACCUGCUAGAUUAAUUUUAUACCAUAUAUGUGACUAUAUGUAUAUGGCAGAGAUGAGGCUUGCUAGAUUAAUUAUAUACCAUAUAUGUGACUAUAUGGCAGAGAUGAGACCUGCUAGAUUAAUUAUAUAUCAUAUAUGUGACUAUAUGGCAGAGAUGAGGCCUGCUAGAUUAAUUAUAUAUCAUAUAUGUGACUAUAUGGCAGAGAUGAGACCUGCUACAUUAAUUAUAUACUAUAUAUGUGACUAUAUGGCAGAGAUGAGGCCUAUUCUACAGUGUAUAGCUACAGUGUGUCAUUAUCAAUAUCGUAACCAUAGCAACACUGUGUUAUGUGAAGCCAUACACAAUAUAUCCGAUACAUUGGAGGAAUCAAAUACCAAAUUAACUAAUCUCUUGGAAUUGCUCACAUCAUUGUUAAAGCCUUAUAGUCUUGCAUUAGAUGUUAAUUCAUCACCACUACUCAAUGUUCUGGAAUUUGUGAGAACCUGCUGCCUACCUUAUCUUGGUUUCCAUGAGAAUCAAGUCUCGCCCUUGACAGCAUUGCAGUUGCUGAGAGUUACUAUGGUGAUUAGCAAAUCAACUGAUCACCUUUGGUUAAAAACGUUGCCUAUAUUUCCUAUCAUGCUUUGCCUGUGUAACAUCAUUGGUGAGUGUGAUAUGAUGUGGGAUAAUGGCUGCUAUGGAGACCAGAUGAUAGAGAUAAAAGAUCUGAGUGUUGAUCUACUUUAUCACUUUAUUAAGACCUUACACGAGUCACCAACAAAAGGUAUGGAAAAACACUUAUUUAUUUACCAUUAUAUGAAAAGAAUAGUGAGAUGGCUACAGAGCAGAUUGCAGUCUGUAAGAUGGACGGUUUUGUUGUAUCUGGAUCAAUUUCUCUGUCAGCAAAUCACUCAUCAUAAAAAAAGUGUACCCAGGGAGCUAUUCUCUAUAUGUGAUUUACCAUUGGAUGAUUGGCAACCAUUAGACCACCAAGAACAAGAUGAGCAAAAGACAUCUGAGAAAGUGGUUACUGUUAUGAAAAUUGACAGUAGUUCUAACAAGUCAUAUGAAGUGACUCAUAAAAUCAAUUUUUUGUACACUCCUACUUUUAUCUUCUUAGGAAAUGAGAACUGCUAUGGAUUUCUAACUUUCUUACAAUGUUGUCAAGUUUCCAGCGAAUUAGGAGAACGCCUUACCAG